AUAAAUAAAUUAAAAACCACAUAGCAGGCUUUUAACCCCAUCGACAAGACUCCCCGAAGUUCCCAACCAUUCGGCUCCGCCGCCGCCGGAUCGUGGUUGUGCGGCCGCCGACUUCCGUUGUGGGCGCUGUACUUCACUAUAGUAGCUUUGUUUUGGCCAAUCUUAGUUUUAUUUUUGCUAAUUAAUCUUACGGGACACGCUCGUCUGUGAACGGCUGGGGCGACGAUGGAUUCUGAGCUAGCUGUAGAGCCGCAAUCGCUGAAGAAGCUGAGCUUCAAAUCUUUGAAGCGAGCACUUGAUCUGUUCUCUCCCAUACAUGGACAAUUUCCUCCACCCGACCCUGAGAGCAAGAGAAUUCGAGUUAGUCACAAGAUUAAUGCUGAGUAUGGAGGAUUGAAAAGUGUGAAGGUGGAGUCUUUAAAUGAGGCUGCUGCAAAGACCCAAUCUCAAAAAUCUACACCCUCGAAUGUUCUAGCUCUUCCAGUUCCUGAGCAAUCCAAUGAUCAGAAAGGUGCCUCACAGAGAGAUUUGGUAGUUAGCUCAGCAGGGCAGACUAGAGCUGCUACUGAAGUUGGUGCCCAAGGCAAGAGUGCAGCAGUUGUUCCUGCUAACCUUUCAUCUGAAAGGAAUUUUUCAACUUCUGCCAUCAUGGAAAGAAUUCCUAGUAGAUGGCCACGUCCCGUCUGGCAUGCACCCUGGAAGAAUUAUAGAGUCAUUAGUGGCCAUUUGGGAUGGGUGCGCUCUGUUGCUGUUGACCCGAGUAAUACGUGGUUUUGUACUGGUUCUGCUGAUCGGACAAUCAAGAUAUGGGACUUAGCAAGUGGCAGGCUGAAACUUACACUUACUGGUCACAUUGAUCAAAUUCGAGGCCUGGCCGUUAGUGACAAGCAUACAUACAUGUUUUCUGCUGGUGAUGACAAAUUAGUCAAAUGUUGGGACCUAGAGCAGAAUAAGGUUAUCCGAUCUUAUCAUGGUCACCUCAGUGGUGUUUACUGCUUAGCUCUUCAUCCUACUAUAGACAUUUUGCUUACCGGCGGUCGAGACUCUGUGUGUCGGGUGUGGGAUAUUCGCAGCAAAAUGCAAAUUCAUGCGCUAAGUGGACAUGAUAAUACAGUAUGUUCGGUCUUCACUCGUCCUACGGAUCCACAAGUCAUAACAGGAUCUCAUGAUUCUACAAUUAAGUUAUGGGACCUUAGAUAUGGGAAAACAAUGGCAACUCUCACACACCAUAAAAAAUCUGUGCGUGCUAUGGCUCCGCAUCCUAAAGAGGAAUGCUUUGUAUCUGCAUCUGCUGAGAAUAUAAAAAAGUUCAAACUUCCGAAAGGAGAAUUUAUGCACAACAUGCUCUCUCAGCAGAAAACAAUUAUUAAUUCAGCAGCAGUCAAUGAGGAGGGCGUACUGGCUACAGCAGGUGACAAUGGUAGCUUGUGGUUCUGGGACUGGAAGAGCGGUCACAAUUUUCAGCAAGCGCAAACCAUCGUGCAGCCCGGAUCCCUGGACAGUGAAGCUGGCAUCUAUUCCAUUACAUUUGACGUCACUGGUUCCAGGCUUAUUACUUGUGAAGCAGACAAGACAAUCAAGAUGUGGAAGGAGGAUGAGACGGCGACCCCAGAAACUCAUCCCAUCCAUUUCAAGCCACCAAGAGACAUGCGCCGCUUCUAAUGCAUCCUUGGAGUUACUCAUUUUUGUCUUGCGGAUAAAAAGAGAGGAGUUGUGACUUGUAAAAUCUACUUAUAUCUUAAAAUUCAUAGUUGAUAGCUAGCUGAUAUCUUGAAAUGUGUGAUGCUUAAGUAGUUAAGUGUGUACCCUCCAUGUUUCUGCUACUAAAUCUGUCUCCUAACUCAUUGCAAAUUCACUUCUAUCGAAACUAUAUCCAAACAA